AUGAACAUGUUGGACGUAAAAGACGACAGCUUUCACGUCACACGUGAAGGCUACUCCCAUCCGAGUGACUCAGAGUGGGAGGCAUCCGGCCGCAUGAGUGUGCUCAUGGGCGAAACCGCCAUCAGUGGUAUGUUGGAGUCUCUUAGCAGAGACCAGUCAAAUGCAGCUAUCAACAAUAUCCUUCAAGGUGAACUUGCCGUCAAACAACAGAAGAUAGCCUUGCUACAGCAGCAAGGCUCUCAUCAGUCGAUGGGCGGACCGACGCACAUGCGUCGACCCGAAACCUCGAAGAUGGAUUUCUCAAGGUACAAGGGAACCGAUGAAGAUUCCUUUUUGAGAUGGUUCGUCGAGUUAGACGAUGCCAUCAGGGCCCGUCACAUCGAGGGUGACGAGAUGCAAGUCACCUUCGCCAUGUCAAAUUUGACGGGACGAGCAAAGACGUGA